AUGGAUGAAGUUACAAGAUUAUAUCAAAUUCAAAAGACAAUCCUUCAGAUGCUACACGAUCGUGGUUAUAUGAUCACACCAGUACAGUUGGAUCAGAGUAAAGAUGAGUUCAGAAGAAACUUCAAGUCACGUGAAGAUAUGAAUUCAAUUCACACCAAGAGAGAAGAUGCCGCCGAUAAGAUCUUUAUUUUCUUCCCAAAUGAUCCUAAGGUCGGUGUAAAACCAAUUAAAGAAGUGAUUAGUACAUUGAUCAAACCAACUAAUCAUCUAUCUAUCUAUCUAUCUACUCAUAAUCAAACAAACACCUAUAGAUAUGUAAAAAGAAUGAAGGAGAUAGGAGGAACAAGAGCAAUUAUCGUAGUACAACAGGUUAUGACACCAUUUGCCAAACAAGCACUGGCCGAAUUCUCACAGAAUCGUGAGAUCGUUUUGGAGAACUUUAACGAAGCCGAACUCCUAGUAAAUAUUACACAUCACCAAUUGGUACCAAAACACAUUCUUCUCUCAAAGGAAGAGAAAUCAGAACUUUUAGCAAAAUACAAAAUGAAAGAGACUCAAUUACCACGUAUUCAAAUCAACGAUCCAGUUGCAAGAUAUUUCGGACUUCGAAGAGGACACGUAGUAAAGAUUAUUAGACCAUCAGAGACUGCUGGUAGAUAUAUUACAUACAGAAACAAAAAUGAAUCAACAGUAACAACAUCAAGCAAAGAGCUCACCGCUAUGUUUAUUACUAAAACCAUCUUGUUUGUUUUAAAUAAGAACAACAACUCCGCUUCACUCUCACCAGAAAUUGAUAUUCAAGAUACACACAAUAAUUUUCAUUUAAAUAUAACGCCAACUCAUCAAUAUCAUCACCAACAACAAUAA